UAUGUCAGCAAGUGGUAAAGUGAUCGUUUCAUUUAAUACUGUAAUUCCUACGUUAAAUAAUUUAAUAAAUCCAUAUAAAAUAUGACUCAUAUUUUAAACGUUUUAAUAAACGCUUCUGAAAAAGCAGCAUGCGUAGCCAAAUCGUGUUGUGAAAAUUCCGAAAAACUACUUGUCUCUGAAAAAUGUGAAACUGAAGCGAAUACUCGCUUCGAUAAAGAUUUCAAGACAAUUGCAGAUGUUUUAGCUCAAGAAUCGGCGAAAGCACUUAUAGUUUCACAUUUUCCGGACCUCGCAUCUCACGUAAGAGGUGAAGAAUGUUCCGAAAUAGGCGGCGUCAAUAUUGGAUUGCUAGAGAAUGUAGAUAAAACCAGUGAUUUACUAAGCUGCUUGAUACCGCCUGUAGCCGCUAAAAGAAUGGCAGAAGCAGCACAUUGUGAUAUCAACCUUAACUUAGAUGUCCCGACUUCUCUUCCAGAACUUGAUCUUGAUAAUUUAGGAAUAUGGAUUGACCCCAUAGAUGCUACUGCAGAAUUUAUAACAGGUGUGAGAAAUGAAGCAAAAAUGGGUCAUGGUCUUCAAAAUGUGACCGUUUUGAUUGGAGCCUAUUUGAAAUCAACUGGAGAACCCGUAAUUGGAAUAAUAAAUCAACCAUUUCAUGAAAAUGGAAAAGGCCGUAUUAUCUGGGGUUUUAAUUUUGGGAAUGUCAGAGAGUGGUCUAAAAAUGAACAUGUUGCUUUUGAUGAGAAAAUAAUUUUAAUGAGUGAAGCUGAAAAGACAGAUAUUGUGGAAAAUUUUAAGACUUCAGGGUGGCAUGUAAAGUCAGUUCCUGGUGCUGGUCAUAAACUGAUGAAAGUAGCUUUAGGUGAGGUAUCUGCAUAUGUUGUGUCACAAGGAACAACAUUCCGAUGGGAUACUUGUGGUCCACAUGCUAUUAUCUUAGCCAAGGGAGGUAAUGUGCUAAGUUACAAAAACUUUUCACCAAUUACAUACAAUGAUGAUAAAGACCUUGAUACAAAGGAAUAUUGCAAUAAAGAUGGAAUUAUAGCUUACACCGAUGAAUCUAUUUUAAAUGAACUUAAAAAUAUUAUUAUUUAAAAUAUUUCAAACUUAUUUUUGAAUUUUAUGUAUUUCCUAAUAUCCCAAGACUGUGAUUGUUGUUUUAUCUAUAAUAAUUAUGAUAAUCUUUCAACUUAAAGUGUAACUUAGCAGCUUUUUUUUUCAUAGAAAAAAUGUAAAAAUCAUAUUUGCUUAAUUUACCUUUGAUAAGACUAAUGUAUUAUUAAUAAGAGCUAAGGAUUUUA